UCUUCCAUCACCCGCAACUCAAAUUCCCGUCCGGCGUCGAUCUUCGUCGGUCGUCAUCAUCACCGUGAAAUCAGUCAGGCGAACGAACGGCGAGCAUGGACGACGCGAACGCCGUCGACGUUGCCGGAGUUCCGGCUUCCACUCAACCUCAUCGACCUCUCGAGCUCCGAUAUCCGACGGCGUGCUUGGAUUCCGGCUUUUUCUACGUGAUCAAUCAUGGAGUCAGCCAGGACUUGAUGGAGGAGGUGUUCGUCCAGAGCAGGCGGUUCUUCGGUCUGCCUUUGAGCGAGAAAAUGAAGCUGGUGAGGAACGAGAAGCACCAAAGCUACACUCCUCUGUUCGAUCAGGUCCUCCACCCUGCAAAUCAGAUAAACGGUUUGUGUCUGAAGAUUUUGCUUCUUAAAAUGGACAUAGAUGCAUCAGAUAUUGCCAAGUUCUUGUAAUUUUGAAGGUGGCCAGUGGGAGUUAAAUUGCCUCAGACAUCUGAACUGAAUAUGCUCUCUUGGGCUCUUGUCCUAUGUUGGCCAAAGUAAAGCUCUUCUGGUCAUUUGUAGCGGCUGAUUAGACAAUUUUCUGGGGUAUUGUUCCGGAGCUACUAUGCUGCAAUAUGAACAAGUUGUUUUUAGCUGUCGAGAUUUACCAUUAAUCAAACUGACCAAGAGCCUCAACGCAAGUGUCUAAUUGCUUACAGUGGGAUGGCUGAUAUUACAGUCAAUAGGGUCUCCAACUCUAAAUCAUUUGACUCUUGGAUCUAAGAGUAAUGCCUAGAUGAUCUAUAAACAGAGCGAUGGUAGUCAAU